GCAAGGAGCACCAUCAAUCCCAAAAUUAGCAGAAGUGUGAGACUGGAUGGAGAAGAAAGGCCAUCCAUCUGCACAGCUGCAAAUGGUGGGAAUGCCCACUAACCUUUGAUAUCACGUAGCAAGAGCCACGUAUCUGCACGGAACUUCCCGAGGGAGAAAGAUAUAAUGGCGAUGGCGUUUGGGAAAUGCUUGUCACAUGGUCUCUUUGAUUCUCACAAGCGUGUAUUUUCCCUUGCUUUGAGGAAGAAGACGCACACCAAUCUCUUAAUGCCCAUGAAGAAAAGUUCUCAGUGUCUCGCCGCUGUCAGUACCACCAUCAGUUCAGAGGAACUGGAAAGAACAAAACUGGACUUGUUGAGAGCAGUGCAAGACACCCAAAGAGGGUUUGUAGCUACUCCUGAUGAACGUGCCUCCAUUGAGGAGAUUCUGGUAAAGUUGGAAUGCUGCGAUAGUGGUGCCGCCAUUGAUCUGCAGAAGCUGGAUGGAACAUGGCGUUUGCAGUACACAUCGGCCUCUGAUGUUCUUGUUCUGCUCGAUUCUUCAGAAAGGUUUUCAUUCUUUCAGGUAGGUCAGAUUUUUCAGAAGUUUGAAUGUCGGGACCAGGUUGAUGGAGGUAUCGUUCAAAAUGUUGUCCGUUGGAGCAUUCCAUCUAUCUUGGAGGAAAAUGAAGGAGCAACUCUACUUGUUACGGCUAAGUUUAAAGUUGUUUCGAAGCGUAACAUAUAUUUACAAUUUGAAGAGGUUGGUCUUGGGCAUGUGAAGAUCAAUGAAAAUCUUCAAGCCUUGAUAGCCCCUGCGAUACUUCCUCGAACAUUUUUGAGCCUGCAGAUCUUGCAAUUCAUCCGAAGUUUCAAAACACAGAUUUCAUUGAGAAGUCCAGCAAGGCGAUCAGUUGGUGGUUUAUACUUUCUGUCAUAUUUAGACCGUGAUAUGCUUCUGGGCCGUGCACUUGGAGGUGGAGGAGUAUUCGUCUUCACGAGAGCACAACCCCUAUCCUUAUAAUGAUUGAUUGGUCGUGUCUCUUGCUGCAUUUCUUUGAUCCGUAUAAUCAGGACACAUGAACAUGAAUCGGUGUAUCAUACAGCCAAACAACUAAAGCACCUUCUUAAUCUGCGCGCGGCCUUGUUCAAAAGCCAAGGUUGGUGGUUACCCAGGGAACGAAGGCCAUCCACAGGGUUUGCUGCUGCACGACUAAGUUUCACUGCUGCGAUGCACGUUCCCAAGAUAUACCUGGAAAUUUUGUUCCGUGAACUCAAAUCAAGUCCUUGUUUGCCUUAUUGAUAAUGAACUAGCUUUAUGAAAAUUAUUCAAAAGUUAUGAGCA